AUGGAUGCACCUCAGUCCAAUGCCAGAAGAGCCACCCGAGCGCUGCUCCCCGGGGAAGAGCUUCCGUGCCGAAUUCCUCGGCAGUGGCCGGUAGCUGCCAGGACGGGGUUUACUGGCCUCUAUACAUUGCGUAUGCAAGAGUCCAGCUCCCUGCUGCGGGAGAGCCAGGCCCCACGCUGCAGUCGCAGGGCUCUGCAGGGGGGUCAGCGCCAGCACCGCUGCCUGCACGUGGCUUGGUACCCUGCAGACGUGAGCGUGGGCUCGCCUGCGGUAAUUGCCCUCGUGAUGGAUUCCUUCACAGAUAUCGAUAUCUUUGGUGACAUCCAGGAUGCCUAUCGCAACCGUAAAGUCCCAGUCUAUAUCCUUCUGGACCAGGACUUUCUACCCCAUUUCCUGGAAAUGUGUGAGAAUUUAGGAGUCUGCCCUGAGCAGGAAAGUCUGCUGAGAGUUCGAACGCUCACUGGGAACACGUACUACAUGAGGUCAGGUGCCAAAAUUGUUGGGAAAGUUCAUGAGAAGUUCAUGUUAAUUGAUGGCAUGAGAGUGACAACGGGCUCUUACAGCUUCACAUGGACUGAUGGGAAACUGAACAGCAGUAACUUGCUGCUACUGUCAGGUCAAGUGGUUGAACAGUUUGAUCUUGAGUUCAGGAUUCUUUAUGCCCAGUCGAAUCCUAUCAGCCCUAAACGGCCCUCAGGCUGCGGGGACAGUGGGUUAUUUGAUCACCUGAUGAACGGAGCGGAAUCGGCAAAAGAGUGCGCUACGGAAAGCAACGUGCGAGUAGAAUUUGCCAGAUUGUCUAGUACUCCAAAGAAGCUGUUGAAAGAAAUGGAUGUGGCUGAAGGUGCUCCUGGAGACAAGCUUUAUAACCUGGGAUGUUCUGGCAUUGCUGAAGAGGAGUGGUUCAGCGACGUAGAGGCCCCAGUGGAACGGAAGAACGCGUCGACACAAACCGGCCCGUGGGAGGGGAAGCCUGUGGCCACGUGUGACGGUGUCACGCAGACCAGUGUUGCGACGGUAGAGAGCAGCACUCAGACCUCGGUUGCUGCCAGAAUAACGGGCACGCAGACGUCGGUUCUGUUGAAGACGGCAGUCACGCAGACCAAGGAGGGUGGGCGUGCGGAGGUACCGCUGCUUCACCGGCAGCUUUCCUCGGCAUCCGGGAGGUCCGUAUCUAGUCUGCGAUCACUGUCUUCAUCAUCAUCCCAGUGCUCCCUAGCAAGCUCUGCCAGCUCGCUGUCUUCUCUUCGGUCUGUCGAGUAUCCUACCAGCCACAGGGCAGGAUAUUUCCAAAAGCUGCAUAAAGAGAGGCAGUUUCACUACUCCACCAUCAGGUCGAGGCUCAGCCACAUGGUGGAUAUCCUGUCCCGGAGGGGACGCGUGCCUGACAGCUACCCAAGCCAGUACCCUGGGAGAUACACGCUGAAACAGCGGCGCGACAUCAGCGCCAGCCUGCGGAGCCUCCGAGACGUUUCGCUCUUCUCUCUGAACAGAUGA